AUGGCGGUCGGGCCCGCAGAUCUUGCUCGUACGAUCAUUGGCGUGACCGGGAACAUCACCUCUUUUCUCCUCUUUGCCUCGCCAUUGCCAACAUUUUACAGAAUCGCCAAGAACAAAUCAGUGGAAGAGUUCAAGCCAGAUCCGUACAUAGCAGGAGCCAUGAACUGUAUAUUCUGGAUCUUAUAUGGUCUUCCUGUCAUUCAUCCCAACAGCAUUCUGGUGCUGACUAUCAACGGCAUCGGUCUGGCGCUGGAAUUGGGCUACCUCGCCAUAUUCUUCACCUAUACCUGCACUGGACAAAGGUUGAAGAUAAUCUGUAUGCUUUUUGCUGAGGUGGUCUUCACCGCCAUUGUUGCUUGCAUUGCGCUUCUGGCAUUUCAUACAACUCCCAGCAGAUCUAAUUUCGUGGGCCCCUUCUGCGUUCUCUUCGGAGUGGUACUCUACUCUUCCCCGCUUACCAUCAUGAAGACGGUUAUUGAGACGAAGAGCGUGGAGUUCAUGCCCUUCUGGCUCUCAGUGGCCGCUUUCUCCAAUGGCGUCGUCUGGCUCAUCUACGCCCUCAUCAAGUUCGAUCCCUACAUCAUGACUGGCAACUGCAUCGGGGCAAUAUUAGGGGCAGCGCAGCUUGUUCUGUAUGCUUACUACUACAAGCCUACCCCAAAAGGGCGAAAUUUCAGCUUCAGCAGCAUUUAG